AUGGAGAAGAAAAAGCCCACCGCUAUAUCUCAGCCUCGAACAUGGCCUCGGAGGACUAUUAUAUGGAUGGCAGCAGCCGUAGGGAUAGUGGGUCUGGUGAGAUUUGGUAUAUUUCCUAUCCCAGCGCAUCGGUGGGCCUUCCGUGACGAUCCUGAAGUCCAAGACUCGCCAUAUGGAUGGUUCCCACAAGAAAACGACCCGUUCCAAUUUGUCCCAUGCACAGACGCCAGUCGUCCGCCGCCACUGGACGAUCCUACUCCACAGCAAUCAUGGGCGGCUCUCUUUGAUCCGAAUCCCAACCAUUGGAGCUGGGGUAGCACAGGCCGGGGUAUCUACCUGUGUGGAUACUUAGAUCUCCCACUUGAUUAUCACAAUGCUUCAGACCAUCGUAUCGUUCGCAUUGCAGUCACCAAAUUCCAGGUCGCCGGCCUGGCUCAUAAAAAGGAUCCCAGGAUUCCACCCAAGGGCUAUAGGAGUGAGCGCACUAUCAUCAUCAACCCGGGAGGCCCGGGGGGAAGCGGAACCUCUUUCCUUUGGGAGACUGCAGAGGAGAUGACGAACCGCUUUAGUGACGGAGAAUUCGAUGUGCUAGGUUGGGACCCCCGCGGUGUUAAUUUUUCCCUCCCCGCCGCGGCAUGUUUCCCUCAAGACGGUUUCCGGGAUCGAUGGUCACUCCUGGCGCUUCGAUAUCGCGAGGAGGCUCCAAGGGCCCAACUAGAGGCUGUGGAUGCCAUGAACAACGCCACAUUCUUUGCCUGCCAGCAACGAUUGGGAGAUUUUGGUCGCUUCAUCAGCACAGCAUCAGUAGCACGCGACCUAGACGAGAUCCGAAAAGCUCUUGAUGAAGAAGAAGUCACGGGAUACUUAGUGAGCUAUGGUACUGGAAUUGGUCAGACAUAUGUCAACAUGUUUCCCACCCGAGCGGGUCGUCUGAUUCUCGAUGGCACGGAAUAUGUCAGAGAUCAUCGCCUCCUAGGCGGCUUUGGCUGGACAGCUCUCGACAAUGCAACAGAUGCAUGGCGAGACGGGUUCUUGGGAGAGUGUCUCAAUGCUGGUCCGAAGUGGUGUGCAUUGGCUAAUCCUGUUUCAAGUCAGGAUGGCCCUGUCACUCUCGCACAGCUGGAAGCGCGCAUGGUUCAACUACUUGAUUCGCUCAAAGCUCGCCCACAAUCCGCGUAUACAGAAUCAGGCGGUCCAUCUCUAGUCACCUAUUCAGCGCUCGUGGAGAGGAUCCUCUAUCCGGCUAUGUAUAGGCCGGAGAACUGGCCGGGUACGGCACAAAUGCUCUAUGAGCUCGAAGCAGGGAAUGCGACUCUAGCAGCCAAAUCUCUAGACCUCUCAUGGAGCGACCACUCUGAGAGGCCAACCCAUCCUUAUGCCCCAGCCUCAAGUGAACUCGAUCCUCUCGUGAUCUGCUCCGAUUCCUACGAUGCGCCCCUUCCAGACGGACUUGACUGGUGGGAUCAAUUGUGGAAGGACAUGUCUGCCCGGAGCUGGAUGGCUGGCAACUCUCGUUUCUUCGCAGUUCUGCCUUGUCGAUACUACAAUACCUAUUGGGCCCCUCCGUCGGAGGUGUAUCGAGGCGAUCUGAACCACACUCUCAAGACACCAACUCUACUGAUCGCUUCCCCAUAUGACCCUGCAACCCCCUUGCGAAAUGGAAGAAGACUCAGGGCGGAAAUGGGCCAAAAUGCCCGCUUGAUAGUUCAUCAUGCUUAUGGACAUAGCUCUAGACGUGAUAUGUCGGAGUGCACGGAUCAAGUUGCUAAAGCUUACAUUCUACAUGGUAUGAUUCCUAAGGAACAGGAGACCCAUUGCUAUGCCAAUGAAAAACCUUAUAUUCGCGGUCUUAUCGGCGACGAAUGA